GUAAAAAUAGUCUUUUUAUCUAACAGUUCCCAGGUAUCAACUUCUAGCCAAGUUAUGUGCAAGCAGAAGUUUCAUUACUUUGCAUACGGGAGUAAUCUGUUAAAGCAGAGGAUUCAGUUGCGAAACCCCUCUGCGGUCUUUGCUGGCAUCGGUUUGCUGUCCGGAUAUUCAAUAAAAUUCGUAGGACAUAGCUCAUAUUGGGGUGGAGCGGUAGCAACUAUCGAACCCAGUCAAGGAGAUAUCGUCUGCGGGGCAGUUUGGAUUCUAGAUACAACAGAUCUUCCAUCAUUGGAUGCUCAAGAAGGUGUACCUAAAAUAUACACACCUUUGGAGGUUAAUGUUACCUUAUCUGGGGAUGAUGUGCUUUGUCGAACGUACAGGGCUAAUACCAUCGAUCGCGGACUACCAUCACCAUAUUAUCUCGAUGUCAUCCUUCGAGGGGCCAUUCAGUGCUUGAUCACUCCGAAUUAUGUGGAAAAAAUCAGGUCGAUCCGUCAUAAUGAAUAUUUUGGAGGAUCUCCAGUCUAUUCAGCUGUUCUGGAGCAGUUGGAUAAAACUGAACGUGAUGCAUUUGAAAUCAAGGAGCUCAGAGCUUUAUGUUCUGAUGCUAAACAACCUAAAGAAUGA